AUGGCGCACCACAUCGUGGUUGAGCCCGAGGCGAGGCAAGGGCCGGUCACAGUUCCUACGUGUCUGUGAGAUGCUUUGCAAUGUCAGUCUUAACGACAUUCUGAUUGGUGACACUCGUCCUCUUCGACAGGCGGGCGACAUGCGGUAGCUCAGACAAAAGCUUUGGUACUCCGCCAAAGUCACAGCAAGACGUGAGUCGGACGUUGCAAACAAAGUCACAGUGUCGUUCCCGCACCGACUCUGGCUGCCUGCCGGCAGAGCGCAGGCACAGAUGGCAGGGCGCUACCGUGCCUGCCACGCGUGUCUGCUGAUCUAGAUGUGACCAAGACCACACAUGGAGGAGCGACCGCGCGCCUUAUUGGCGGGCUGCCAACAACGGCUUGA